GUCUGCUCCCUUUUUGCAUUAUGAAAUUUGAUUUAUAUAUUCCUUUUGUUGCAACAAUUAUUUAUGUGACAGGUGACAUUAAGUGUGAUUUUUUCAAUAUAACAAUCAAAUAUCGUGUAAUUCUUCACAAUUAAGUUGAAUUGUUUUUUUUUAAAAUCGCAGUGAAAUAAUAAAGGCACGAACAAUUUAUAAAUACACCCUUGAUGAAGUGUAUAUAGUUUUGCUAGCGUUAGUAUGUUUUAUUUAACAUGAUGAAAAAAAAAUGGAUUGUGUGACUUUUAUAAAUCUAAAGAAAUAAUUUAAAAAAAAUUAAAAUAUUAUAAAAGUGAAAAAGACAAUUUAGAAGGUGAAAAGUUACAAAGUGAAGGAUAUAAAAUUGCAGUAUAUAUAUAUAUAUCUAUAUAUAUAUAUAUAUCUAUACAGUGUUAUUUUGUUGAAAAAAAAGAGAUGAUAAUAAACAAGAACAGUGAGAAAAGAGUUGAAUAGACUUUCGUCCAUUGUAGACAAAUUGUUUUUAACUUGAAUCGUGUGACAGACAAUUUCCAACGUUAAAUUGUAUACGUAAUAUUUCCGUGUGAUCCCGAAUGUUACAUGCGUAGUGAUAAUAUACUUUUGCUUCGGCCAUCAAUGUUCAAAACGGGAAUGUCUAGUGAUAUAUACUAUAAUUGUGAAUUAGUACUUCAUUUGCGAUGAAAAACGAAACAUCAUCAAAGGAAAUAACGUGAAGGAAUUUGAAAUAUGAAAAUUAAACAACAAAAUGGAUAAUAAUUUAGUGCCAUAGAUGAUUUUUUUGGCCAUGUUGGUCACACAAUCUUCAUCACCUAUUGACAAUUUAUCGAAUAUGUUGUCUGUACUUGAGGAGGAAACAAAUGUUGAUAUCGACGAGGUAUUCCCACCCCACGUUGAUACAACGAAUAUUAUUAUUCAACCUGAAUCGCCAACAAGUAAAAAACAAACGCUCAAAACAUUUAAUGAAGUUAAUAAUUUACUUCAAGCAAGCAGAAAGCGAGAAAUUAAACUUAUACUACGUGAAAAUGCAUGGCCACUCAAUAAUGGAAUCAGAGCACAACUAUGGCCUGCACUUUGUAAUCAACAUGCACUUGGAAAAAGUAUGAUGGAUGGAUUUUAUUGGGAUAUGGUGAGCCAAGUUUUAGGAACGACAGAGCUGCCGGAAAUGUCGAUUAUGUUACCGCCAUUUGUUGAUAGCACGCAUUGUCUUUCUUAUAACUUAACUAGGAAGGGCAGAAGUGUGGCAGAUAGGAUUGUAUCUGUAUUAGGAUAUGCGUGUCCUGAUAUUACUUACAGUCCAUCUUUGUACCCCAUUACUGCACUUCUUUUACACUUUAUGCCAGAGGAGCAAUGUUAUCACUGCAUGGCCAGUUUAGUAGCAGCGAAAGAAAAAAUGUUUAUCACACAAACGAAAUUAUUGUACGAAGUCACUUGGAAAACGGUCGAACAGAUUACUAAAAAGCACGUGAAAUCGGCAGCGGCACACUUAACGAGAAAUUGCUCAGGAUCAAGAGCAGAGAGAAUCUACAUGGAUUGGAUCUGGUGGAUUUUGCAGUUGCUCCCUUUCCAACAUCUAGUCAGAGUUAUGGACUGUUUUCUCCAUGAAGGCAUUAAAGUCUUCUAUAGGGUAGCUAUGGCGAUAAUAUUAUUAUUUUAUAAGCACUCCAAUACACAAAACUCCGAAUGGAUGGCUGAAAUAACAAAAAAUGGUGUAGAUGCGGCUCUUUCAAAAUUUUGUCGACAAAUGCCGGUAACUCCAGCCAAAUUUUUGCGUACUGCAUUUGGAAUUCGAGGAUUAAGUUCGGCAUACAUAUCAAGAGUAUUUUUACGAACAGAAAUGGCAUUGAAAAGUCGAAAUGUAUUAAUUGGCUCAAGAUCAUUGGCCAGGUCGCGAUCUACUGAUAAUUUACCCACGAGUCAAUCGCAAGUCAACAUACAAAUGAUGUCUCAUACACUGACCAUAAGAGAGUUAUUUACACUCUGGUCGUGGUUACCUGUGAGGAUUACAAUGUAUCAACCAUUAUUACUCUACACCACUGAAGAACAUGGAUGUUCGCUUACAACAUUUUAUGUUCGAGUUGAACAACAUGAACCAACUCUUCUUAUGAUUAAAACAUGCAAUAAUGAGGUUUUUGGAGCUUAUUGCUCGACAAGAUGGUGUGAGAGAAAUUUAAAAGAUGACAAAGGACAAAGGCAAGCUUAUUUUGGUACGGGAGAAACAUUCCUUUUCAGUUUAUAUCCAGAACGAGCAAAAUAUCCUUGGAUUGGAAUGGAUUCAUCUCAUAAUGAUUCGCGUGUACAUCAUUCAGCAGAAUUGUUUAUGGCUGCCGAUGCAAAAAUGAUUACAAUUGGAGGAGGUGACGGACAAGCAAUUUGGAUGGAUGAGAAUAUAAGGUUUGGCAAAACCGAUCAUUGCUCAACAUUCAAUAAUCCUCCAUUGUGUGCGAGCGGUGACUUUGAGAUUCGAGUAUUGGAAGUCUAUGGAUUCUCCGGUGCUUAAUAAAAAAAAAAUGCUGACAUUUGUUAAAAAUAGGUAUGUGAUUCCAACUGCCAUGUAGAAUUUUAUAUAUUGUCGUGCGUUCAACGACUCCAAGACUCAUUCAAAUAUGUGUGUGUAUGUGUUAGAAAACAAAAAUUAAUUGAAAAGCACACAUACGGAUUAAUAUGCUAGAUUUCUCUCCAUCAGAAAAAAACCGGUUUUACUCAAAACAAAACUUUUUUUUGUCUUGUUAAUUUAUUCUUUUCAUUUUGUUUCUCAAAAAAAAAAAAAUCUAUUUCAUGCCUUAUUCAGAUAUACAUAUAAAUAUAAAUUUUUCUCAACAAUAACAAAAAAAGGAAAGAAGAAUUUGCUAUAUAAAAAAGGGCCUAGAUUAUUUUCUAUAAAUAAAUUUUUUCAUUAUGUGAAAAAAAAAAAAAACAUAAACUAGGCGAUGUAAACGCAGUGACAAAAUUUUGACAAUAAUCGAAGUUUAUAUAGUAAAAAAGACAAAAAAAAAAAAAAAGAAACAAUUCACAUGAGAAUUACUUAAGUUAAUCGGACCAGAAAUUAUCAUGUAUAUAUUUAUUUAAAGAUUUAUCCGAUCUAUUGAGAAUCGCCCCCCCCUCCCCCCUGUCAAUAUUUGUAUAAAUGUUUUGUUUCGUAACAUUUAGCUUUGUUACUCCUCUAGCUUUAAAUUUUAAUUCAAGUUUGCUUUCUUUUUUCCUUUUUUUUUUUUUUAUUAACUAAUAUAACGCCCGAUUCUUGUACAUAUUAUAUACAUAUAGAGAAUAUGAAAGAUUAAGUAUUGAAUUUUAAUUAAUAUAAAAAUUAUUUAAUACUAUAGAAAUAUUAGACAUGGUUCAACAAUAUAUAUUGUGAUUGACAGCGUUAAUGCUGCAUUGAAAGAUUUAAGUAAAAAAAAAAAAAAAGAACAAUUCUCGUGAUCACAGAAAUCUAUUUGUCGACUUAUUUGUCUUUUUGCUGUCGUGCGUCUUUUGUGGUCAAUUAAAAAAAUAUUUUUGUUUUCUUUCUAAUCUAACCCGCAUGUAUAUGUGAUUUUUAAUUAAGCAAAAAAGGCAGUCACUCAUUUAUUUAAGAUUAAAAAAAAAAAAUAACAGUUAAUAUUAAAAUUUAUUUGUUAAAAUAAUUGCUAAAUAUUCCAUAAAAUUUAUUUGCAGUGCUUCGAAUGUUCUUUUUUAUUUUAAAUCAAAAUUUAAUUGAAUUUUUAUUCAAAAUUAAAAUUUUCAUUCUCUACUGAUCUAAAUUUCCAUUGAAAUAGAAUUUUUAUUGUUAUUAAAAUAAAAUGAAAAUUCUAUUGAAUAUAAAUAAAAUUCGAUUAUAUAUGAAAAUUUGAUUGAUUGAAAAAUUCUACAUUAUCAAAAUUUAGCUAAAUAGAAAUUCGACAUUUUAUAAAUUUCAAUAUGAAAUGAAUUUUAUGGAAUACAGCAUCCUGAAAAAAAUCAGUUAAUCGAAACUGUUUAUUAAUUGAAUUAAAAUUUGAUAUUCGUUAUAUUGAAAUUAAAAAAAUAAUUAAAUAAUUCACGUUUAAUUUUCACUGAUUCAAAUUUAGAGUGUGCAGCUUUUUUUUCCUUCAUUAACGACCAAAGAAAAAUGUUUUUUUUUUUUUUCCUUAUAAAUAUAGACUUGCUUUUAUCGAUCAAUUUUUGUUUGUUUAUCUUGUAUUUGUCAUUUGUAUGUGAUGGCUGGACCCAUUUAGAUAAAUCGAGAAAAGUAAAUUUUCUCUUGUAAGUUUUUUUUUUUUUAAUUUUUUUUUUUUCUUUUGACUCGCAUCGAUUAACGCUUAUUAUCGUCGAGCGCAUUAUUAUAUAUGCACCUUGUGUCGAGGCACACUCGACAAAUGUACAAAAUAAUAUUUGGUACAAUUAUGCCAUUAGAUUCUAUAUAGUUUAUAGCAAAAUGAAAAAAAAAGAAAAAUAAUAAUAUGAAUACGACAAGGCGCUGCGAUUGAUUCGAUGAUUCAAUAUUUUUACUCUUUAACGAGUACCAUGCAUAUCAAUCAGCAAUCAUUUGACUAGAUACUUUCCGAAUAGUGAACCUAUAUACAAUAUUAUUACUUGUAUUAUAUAUAAUAUAUAUAAAGACAAAUAAUUAACAAGUUUUGUCCUAAUUUUUUUUUUUUUUUUUAUUUAGCUUUCAUUUUUUUAUUCAUUAGCUAUUUUUAAUUAUUUUUUUUUCAUCUUUAAAUUUGAAUCAGUUACUUUUCUCGAACUGAAUAUGUAAGAAUUAAGAGAUUUGUAAUAAGUAUUUGGUUAAAAUUUUUACAAGAUUUCAUUGAUAUGUGAGUUACAAUUUAACAGUAAAUGAAGACAAUAAUUAUUGGUUAAUUUUUUUUUUUAAUUAUUCACUGAUUUAAGGUUUUUUUUUUAAAAGUGAAGAUUUUUUUUUUUAAUUAACUAAAAUAAUUAAAUAUUUGCUUUUUGUUAAAACCGUUUUUUCUAAAAUUAAUUUUAUAAUGACAAAAGGUCCUUGUAUACGGUACAAGGCUUUUUUAUUAUAAAAUUCAAUAAUUUAAUUAAUUGAAAAUAAUUUUUUCUAAUUAUUGUUUUUUAAUUUGAAUUUGUUUUUAUUCGUGAAUAUUUUGAUAUGAAAGAAAAAGUCAUUAAUUUUUUAAAAGGUGUAACAAAUGAAAAACUUGACAAAAAAAAAAAAAAAUUCUUGUGAAAUAGGAAACAAAUUUUUUUUUUUAAUUCAUUACUAUUAUAAUAUUAUUUAUAUUUUGUUGUACAGUCAUAGCAUUUAAUGUGAUUUUCUCUACCUGCGAUCGAUAUAGUUCUUCCCUGCUGUGUCCUAUCUCCCUCAUAAAUAGGAUAUAAUAAUGAAUAUGUAAAUUAAUCUGUUAAUCUAAGCGCAUUAAACUAUUUUUGUUUUUUUUUUUUUUUUUUAAUUUGCACAGAGAGAAAAAAAAAUAUUUCAUUAUUUAUUAAUAAUGUAAUUUUCUAUUUUUCAAUUUUAUUUGUUUUAAUUUUUUAACAUUCAUGCUUUUAUAAGUGCUCUAAUUUUGAUAUUUAAAGUUGUAAUAUGAUCUCAAAUUAUUAUAAUUAAUUUUUACAAAAACUUUUGUAAAAAAAAAAACAAAAGAAAUUCAUCGAAAUCUGUGCACAAAAACUAUAAAUGGGCCUAAUAAAUAAACAAAAAGUAGAAUAAAAUCGAGAAAAAAAAAAUGAAAAUUCAGGCACUAUAAUAAAAUAUAUUGUAUAAUAUUCAUAAAUCCAAGCUUAUCAUGAAGCUUAUAAAGUCAAUUAUUAAAAAGUUUAGUUAAUUUAUUCUUAUUUUGCAGCUUUUGAUUCUGAAAGCUAAUAUUUUGUUUCAUAAAACUAAUUUAAAAAGCUAUAUAGAUUCUAAUUUAAAUGCUAAUUUUCUAUUAUUUGAUUUGUCGUUAAAUUUUUAAUAUAUUAUUUAGAAAAAAAAAACAAGUUUAUCAAAAAAAAAUUUCCGUCUAAAAAAAAAAAUGAAAACUGAUAUCGAAAUAGAGAUUUAAAUAUGUGAAUUAGAUAUGUAACUUUUUUUUUUCUCUUAUUAAUUUUCAACGAUAAAAUUUUUUGACACAUUGAUAUGAGAAUUAAGUCUGAAAAAGGAGAGAAUAAAUCACAAAAAAUAUAAAGAAAAAAAAAGUAAUUUUGAAAUAUUGUUGACAUUUUCUCCUUAGUAAGACGUUGGUUGCUCGAUUUAUAAAUCAUCGUAAAAAUACUGCACAUUGCAACAUCAUAUUCGUAUUUAUUAUUAAUAUUAUUAUUAUUAUAAAUAUUAUCAUUAUUAUUAUUAUUAUUAUUAUUAUUAUUAUUAUUAUUAUUAUAAAUAUUAUCAUUAUUAUUAUUAAUAUUAUUAUUAUUAUUAUUAUUAUUACAAAUAUUAUUAUAAAUAAUAUUAUUGUCAAAAACUGUAUAUUUAGAUAAAUAUUUAGAUCGAGUGUUGUAUAGAAUAGAAAUCAAAGCGUCAUGACAAGCGCAGGGCACUGUUAUAAUGACAACCCAUAGCGUAUAAAAUUCUAAUACAAUUAAAUUUCAAGGAGCCGAGGGAAAAAAAUUGUCAUUAUUUUUUCUUUUCUUUUUUUUAUAUAAUUUGAUAGUAUAGUAUUAUUUAAUAUAAAAUAUUAUCACAAUAGUACUAUACAAUUAAUAAAUAAAAAAAAAAAACAAUUACUAGGAUAAAUAUUUUCUAUUAAGCAUUUAAAAUGCCUUUGUUAAAAGAAUUAUAUAUAUAUAUAUUAUAAGUUGGUAUAUACUUUGAGUUGUUAUAUAAGAAAAAACGAUAUUAAAUUAUUUAUUUAGUUAGUUUAAUGUUAUUUAUUUAUAUAAAUAUAUAAUAAUAAAAAAAAAAUUAAUAUAAACUCACAAAACAAAAAAUUGUUUAAAUUACAAAAUAUUUAAUGAGAAUAAUUUUAUAUUGUAUAAAUUGAGUAAAGAAAUUCAUUUAUAAAAUAAGUGUAUAAAAUAUAUCUAUUCAAUAUAUAUAUAUAUUUGAUUAUUUUAUAUAUUAUUAUAAAGUUGAUGAGAAAUUUUUUCUCCUGGUGCUUCUUAAGCUCCUUGAAAUUUUGAAUGUGAUGGAAUGAAUGGAACAGCAGGUUAUUAUGUGUAAAACAUUUAUCAGCUAUAUAUUAUAUAUAUAUAUAUAUAUAUAUAUAUAUAUAAACACAAAAAAAUGUAUAAAUUAGUUAAAAAUUGAAAGUAUUAUUAUUAUAUUAUUAUUAUUAUUAUUAUUAUUAUUAUUAUUAUUAUUGAGAAUGAAAUUUUUUUUUUCAUAAGCGCGAAUGUGUGUUGCCUAAAGAUAAUCUCAAAGAUUGUAAUCUGUACUAUAAAAGAAAAAAAAUACUAAAAAUAAUUAUAAUGGAAUGUUACUACGCUUUCCGUGUAUAAGACAAAAUUAUUAACGUUUUCCAAUUGAAAGUUGUUGCUAUAAAUUACCAUAUCAUCGUCGUUGUCGUAAAAAAAAAAAAUUAAUUGCAAUUAAAUAGAAUUCUUGUUAAAGGAAA